CAAAGCUGGUGUCUAUGCUUCUCAGUUUGCUCCUUACUGGCACAAUGGAUCCUUGAUGAAUCGGAAACAAGAUAAUAUGGGGGAAAAUCACAGCUGCGUCCAGCAGUUAACCGGCAUGGCAGAGGAGGAGAUGCCCAGUUCUUGUACCUGCAAUGGCAAUGUCUGGGCACCACAACAAUGGAGAAGCAUGGAAUGCAAAACGAAGUUGAAUAUGGAUUUACAGCUGAGCAAUGACAACUGUGAUCCUGACAACCUUGAAAGGGCGAAUUACUAUGAUGUCUAUGACUGGGACUCUGCCAGCAUCACCCACAAGAAAAUGGAACUGUUUCCAAAAUGGCGACUACCAGCCAAAGUAGCGUUUUCACUGACAGUGCUCUUUUUCAUAUACACAUUCCUCCGAGAAGUUCUGCACCCGUAUCUCAUGCAUGAGAGAAACGAAUUCUACAGAAUUCCAAUUCUGGUGAUUAACAAGGUUUUGCCGGAUGUUGCCAUCACACUGCUGACUUUGGUAUAUUUGCCUGGAGUGUUAGCCACAAUUCUUCAGCUUCACCGCGGCACCAAGUACCGAAGAUUUCCACAAUGGCUAAACACAUGGAUGCUUAGACGGAAGCAGUUCGGACUAUUGGGUUUCUUCGCGGGAGCCAUGCAUGCCAUCUACAGCCUGUCCUACCCUAUGAGAAGGUCCUACAGAUAUAAACUUCUGAACUGGGCCUAUGAGCAGGUUCAACAACAAAGAGAAAGCAGUUGGAUUGAGCAUGACGUGUGGAGGAUGGAGAUUUACGUGUGCCUGGGAAUUAUAGCACUUGCUAUAUUGGCUAUAUUGGCUGUAGCGUCAAUCCCUGCCGUUGGAAACUCCUUGUCAUGGCGAGAAUAUAAUUUCAUCCAGAGUAAGCUGGGCCAUAUAGCAUUAUUCCUCUGCACGGUCCACACGCUGGUAUUCGCCUGGAACAAAUGGGUGGAUGUGAAGCAGUUUAUUUGGUACACUCCCCCCACGUUCAUGGUGGUGGUCCUCCUCCCCUCGGCCGUUCUUCUCUCUAAAGCUGUAUUAAUAUUACCCUGCUUCAGUAAGAGAAUCCAGAAGAUCCGGUGUGGAUGGGAGUCCAGCAAAGGAACGGGCACUAGAUGUGUUCUUACCCACUUGUAGUAUUUAUUUCCAAUAUAUAAUAUUUCUACAAUGU